AUGUCUGUUGUUGCAGAGCGGGACCGUGGAUUACCUGACCAAGAGCAAGAAGGUGGUAGGAUGGAUCACGACGCUGGACAAAGUGGCUUCCAUGUGCUGCCAAUCCAUGAGGCUGUUGAUGACAUCGAUGGAACCACAGGAUUUCUGCGUUCACAGGCAGACUCAUGCGCCAUUAUGGGGGAAGAGCCGGGGCAGCAGGAGAUAUGGCCCGAUACUGAGGAGAUCCCCACUCAUGUGGAAGAGGUCUGGCCUGAUAUCAAGGACAUCUGGCCUGAUGUCGAGGACAUCUGGCAUAAAGAAGCCUGGCCUGAUGUUGAAGAGGACUUGUACGUCUGGAAUAGCGACCAGGAGAAAGACGUAGUUCAGGAGGAAGCUGAAGACGACCAGGACUACAAUAAUGAAGAAGAGGAGGAGGAGGACAAUAAAGAUGACAACUAUGAAUAUGAGAAGAAAGGAGAAGAUGAGGUUGAGGAUCAGGGGAAGGAGAUCAUCCUGCAUGCUAUUAAGGGCAAAGGAAGCCAUGGAUAA